AUGUGUGACAGAAAGGCAGUGAUCAAGAAUGCUGAUAUGGGUGAGGAGAUGCAGCAGGAUGCUGUUGACUGUGCAACACAGGCACUCGAAAAAUUUAAUAUUGAAAAGGACAUUGCUGCAUUUAUCAAGAAAGAGUUUGACAAGAAAUACAACCCCACAUGGCAUUGCAUUGUCGGACGUAACUUCGGUUCUUACGUAACGCAUGAGACUCGUCAUUUCAUUUACUUCUACCUUGGCCAAGUAGCGAUACUGCUUUUCAAGAGCGGUUAA